AUGAUAUCAGUAGCAUUUCAUGGAACAAGAGCAUAUCUUAUAGACAAAAGUCUUAUACCAAUAGUUUUGUUAUGGUUAGACCCAGUUGUUGGAUAUAACUUCAUAACAUAUGGUUCAUUCGAUACGGAACGUUGCAGUGAAGGCUUACUUUACAUCGUUCAGAAACCGAAGGACUUCAACACAAAAAGAUAUAAGAUAGGAAGGACAUAUAAUAUAACUCAAAGAUAUGACAGUACAGUCAAUAGAGUCAAGGUUGUGUUUGUUAAUGAUAUGAGAGCUGCUGAAACAGAACUGCUUGAAGUUUUUGAGAAAAUGUAUGGUGCUCCCACGAAAGGUAAAGAAACGUUUGAAGUAGAUGAGAUAGAUAAAGCUAUAAAAUUAUUUGACGAAGUUGCUGAAAAAUACAUGUAA